AUGGCUCAGCAGAGGCAAUCGGGAACGGAGAGGCUUGGGGUGAGGUUAGGGUCUCACGAUCUACAUAUUGCGAAUGGCUCCGGUGAUCAUGUUGCCGUUGGGAUUCGCGGCGGUGUUAGUCAUAAGCAGUUACGGCUUCGGAGAUCGGCGCGAUCAGAUAGAGUUUCUCAUUUCUCGGUGGUUGCGAUUUUGGUUUUCCUCUUUAUCGUACUUGUUGUUACUUUUCUGGCGUUUUCUUACAUUUCUAAAGAAGGUGGAGUUCUGUUUCUGAGUUCCAAUUUAGUGUUUUGUUUUGUGAAAUUUCAUAGUGGAUUUUCCUUUUUCGGAGUUGUUGAAAUCUGCAUUGUGGAUUUUGCUAGAUUUUGGUUGUUAGAAAUAGGUAACAAUGGUGGUGAUACGGAUGAUAUAAAGGGAGAUUCUGAUUUUCUUACGAAUGUACCGAGGAUACAGAAAAAAGUUCUUGAUUUUGGGCAUAGUUCUGGGGGACAUGGUCGAGAUUCGAGAUAUUGGGAUAAGGAUGAUAGGAGAAGGGAUGGUGAUUAUGAUGAGGAUAUGAAGGAGCAGAUAAGUAGGGAUCUCGGUGAAGUUAUUACUGAAGAUGAUGCUCCUCCUGGAAAGACGAAUCACAAUAUUAAGUUUCCUCAAGAUGGUUCUCAUACAGGUGUAAAGCGAAAAGGUGAUGGGUUGUAUAAUGAAGCGGGGCGUCAUGAACUGAAAAGGUAUGAAGCGGAGUACGAGGCUUCUUUGAAGAAUGGGAGGCACUCUGAUGAAGGUGAUGGGAAAUUGUCGCAAGAUGUUGACAUGGAAAAGAAGAAUGUGGUAGUUGACAUUGAUGAUGAGUAUGAUGACUUUUUUGAUUCUAGUACACCAAGUUUGGACACUGAAGUUCAGAAAGAAUCUCAUGAUUCUUUGGAUGUGGGAAAUAAUGAGGAUAAUGCUUCUGAGGAGGAUAUUGAUGGGGAAUCUUCCAAUAACAAGAAAAUCUCUGGUGGUGGGAAAAUAAAUUCUAGACCUGCAGAUAUUAUACAUGAAAAAACUAACAGAAAAUCACGUCCUGAAACAAAGAGGAAAGGCAAGCGUCGCAAAUACUCAGGUUCCUGUGAGAUGAAGUUGUUAAACUCAACUUCACUACUUGUAGAACCACUAGAAAGUCGAAAAUUUGCAAGGUUUAGCUUACAAUAUGUAGAGAAAGAAGAGAAGCCACUGGAAUUAGAACAAUGGACGCCAAAAUUUGCUGGACAUCAGAGCUUAGAAGAAAGAGAAAAUUCAUUUUUGGCACGUGAUCAAAACAUAAAAUGUGGUUUUGUUAAAGGUCCUGAAGGUUCACCCAGCACUGGAUUUGAUAUGUCAGAAGAUGAUGAAAGUUACAUAAGCAGAUGCCACAUUGCUGUGAUUUCAUGUAUAUUUGGAAAUUCUGACCGCUUGAGGAUCCCGGCCACCAAGACGAUCACUCGUUUGUCAAGGAAGAAUGUCUGCUUUGUUAUGUUCACUGACGAAGUUACAGUAAAGACACUUUCUUCUGAAGGUCAUGCGCCUGACAGAAUGGGUUUCAUUGGCUUUUGGAAGUUAGUGAUAGUGAAGAAUCUACCUUAUGAUGAUAUGCGGCGAGUGGGCAAAAUACCAAAGUUAUUGGCCCAUCGACUUUUUCCAUUUGCAAGGUAUUCAAUUUGGUUGGAUAGCAAAUUAAGGCUGCAGCUUGAUCCUUUACUCAUCUUGGAGUACUUCUUGUGGCGAAAGGGUUAUGAAUUUGCAAUAUCCAAUCACUAUGACCGGCAUUGUAUGUGGGAAGAGGUAGCACAAAACAAGAAAUUGAACAAGUAUAAUCAUACGGUUAUAGAUCAACAGUUUGCAUUUUACCGUGCUGACGGACUCCGAAGAUUCAAUGCAUCAGAUCCAAAUAAGCUUCUUCCAAGCAAUGUUCCAGAAGGUUCUUUUAUUAUUAGGGCUCACACCCCUAUGUCAAAUUUGUUCAACUGUCUUUGGUUCAAUGAAGUUGAGCGAUUUACUCCUCGUGAUCAGCUAAGUUUUGCAUAUACUUAUCAGAAGCUGAGAAGGAUGAAUCCUGAUAAACCUUUUCAUCUUAAUAUGUUCAAGGACUGUGAAAGGAGACACAUGGCCAAGUUAUUCCAUCAUAGGAUGGACGAGAAGAGAAAUACACAUCAAAAAGUAACAGAAUAA